CAGCUAUCAGACUAAUCAUUCUCCAAAACCCAAAAAGGCAUACGUAAUAUAGAAGAGGAUUUAGAUUUAGGAGGAUGCAGAACACUAAGGUGGCUAGUGGUGGCUCAUGGGUAGAUGUGCAUUAGUGCUUUUUUGGCAGCGCAGUGGCGUUGGUGUUGGUAGGAGGAGCAUGAAAGGACUAAAGAGCAGUGUUGUGUUGGAGUGGCCCGGGUGGGUAUGGUUGGUGUAGCCUUACCUGCCCUUAACCGAUUCCAAUGCAAGUCAGAGCAAUCAGUCAAGCAAAGCCUCUCUCUCUCUCUCUCUCUCCAUUCAUCUCCUUAUUUGGAGCUUCAUCCCCACGCAGUGAUUGAGAAAUAACACAAGGCAUUGUCCCCUUAGAUUCCACUGUUGCUGCGUCCCCGUUUCGAAAUCUCAUCUCUUGUCUAUUUCCAUCUGCCUCUUUUCUCCUUGUUUAUUGUCUUUAAGCUCCACAAUUCUUUGUUUUCUGUUCAGUUAGGUGGGGCUGUUCACCUUACUUUUGUCAGGAUUCUCUUUGCUAGGCCUUUCCUCUGUCCCACAAGGCUUACAAAAAGUCUAUAGAAGCAAAGAAUCAAAUCACCCUCCACACAGCCACUAUAAUCUAUAUGCAAGGAAACACAACCAGAAUCUCUAUCUUUUGAAGAAUUUGCUCUCUUUAGCCUUUUUCACCCCAGAUGAAGACAAUUAUGGCCAAGACCCCUCACGACUCUUCUUUCUCUUUCUCCAGGAGGUAUUUCAACUGGAGAAAAAAGGUUGUUGAAGUUGAAGAUGAUGAUGAGGAAAUCUUAACUUUCAACUCCUCCUCACAUUUCUCUUGUGGGGAGGAGUUGAAAGAUGAUCAGGAAUUUAGAAUCUCGCUGCCCUCUGAAGAGAUGCCUUCUGGAGUACGAGCACCCAGGAAAAAGCUUCCUAUUGUAGCUGUUUCUAAGCUCCGAUCAGCUCUUACUGUUUUCAGCAAAGGCCGACCAACAUAUCACUCAGGUCUAGGAACCAAAUUGAUAGGUACUCUUUUUGGGUAUCGUCGGGGUCAUGUCCAUUUUGCACUCCAAGAUGAUGCCAAACUGAAUCCAGCUUUCUUGAUUGAGCUUGCAACGCCAACUAGUGUAUUAGUCCGGGAAAUGGCUUCUGGGUUAGUGAGAAUUGCUUUAGAGUGUGAAAAAAAGCCACAGAAAAAAGCUGGAAAGUUGGUGGAGGAGCCUCUAUGGAGGACUUAUUGCAAUGGCAAGAAAUGUGGGUAUGCAAUGAAGCGUGAGUGUGGUCCUGAAGAGUGGAAGGUGUUGAAGGCUGUGGAGCCAAUUUCAAUGGGUGCUGGCGUGCUGCCGGGGAAUGGAGCAGGGUCCGAAGGGGAACUCAUGUAUAUGAGAGCCAGGUUUGAGAGAGUUGUGGGUUCAAAAGACUCGGAAGCAUUUUACAUGAUGAAUCCUGAUGGGUCUGGAGGUCCUGAACUCAGUGUUUAUUUGCUUAGAGUUUAGGUUUAUUGCCAAUAAGUGGGGAAGCAUCAGCAAUCCAUCCAUCCACUUUCAUGGUGCUUUUUCUUUUGUGCUUCUGAUGUUUUUUUUUUUUUUUGAACUUCAUUUCGGUUUUUGGGAUUAAUAGUAGCUUAUAUCAUGCUUAGUAAUCUCUAGGAAAUUUGGUGAAGCAGAACAAGAAUGGUAUGGUAGAUGGGUGUGGGGUAUAAUUAUGUAUAGGUGAAGGAAAUGGUUUCAUAAAAGGAUGGUGGAACUGGUUUAGCCUUUAUGGGCAAUGGAUCUUGGCGCAGAUGAGAUUGCAUUUAUAAACCCUUCUUUUCUCCAUUUAAAA